AUUGUGACAUCCGAUUCGAUGUACAUUGUUCCACGUAUAUAUAUACAUAUGAUGCAUAGUUGAUGUGCUGGUUUUGGUUUAAUUGCUUCUUCCUUUGCUUUGGAUUGAUCCUGGUAUUGAAACUACGCUGUUUUGUUGUGGUUGAUUUUGCAAUCUUCCGAUCUGUGAUUGAUGGACUAGUUUAUGUUGUUUUUUUAUUCUCUAUAAUUGAUUCUGAGCAUGAGUGUUUUGUUCUUUUGAAGUUAGGCAUAGUGGAGGCUUAGUGUUCAUUACUGGUAGGGUUUGAGUUAAAUUUUUGAUUCAUUCUUUGUUGCAACUGACGACAUUCAUGUGAACUAGAAAUUCAAUAUGAACUACUGAUUCCAGAACUUUGUUUUAUGUCAUUAACUGCCUGAAACUUUAGAUUUUUCAGCUAUGUUGCUCGGAUUCUUCAAAAUUGUCGAUGGUUGUACCUCGGAUCCUCCAAAAAUAGUGCAUUUUUGAAGGAUCUGAGCAACUUAGCUUUUUAGUGUCUCUGAUGUGUAUUUUCUUUUGGCAUUCUCAGUUUAAUUUACUUGCUAAAUUUAUAUACGGUUAUAAAUUUUAAAAUAAAAAAUAAAAAUCCUCAAUAGAAAUAAGUACAAGCAACGGGGGUUCAGGCCUUACCUUGUCAAUCCUAAUGAGACAACAAACCUCUACUUAUUUACAAGCAUGAAAAAAAUAAGAGCUACAGAGAGCUAGGUAUUCUAUGAUCAUCACAAAAUUUGUAAUACACUCUAUGAUGAUAUUACAAAUGAUAAUACUUGAAAACUGCACAAAUAUAAAAUCCAAGAAGAAAGUUGAGUUAUCAACCUCAAACUUAUUUUUACAAAUGCGUGAUUAAAAAUGAUAAAUAGUCCAUCUCCAUGUAAAGUAACCUGAAGUAUUUUCAUCUUGUCUUCUUCUUCAAAUUUGUCCAACAAAACUUGAUAUUUCAUCAUUUCUUCUUGGAUGUAUUUGAUCUUGUUGAAGCUAUUGACACUGUCAUAUGGUUCUGCUUUGCCCAUAUCGGUAGGUGUCUUGGGACAAACAAUCCUGUCACUUUACCAUCCCAACUGUGAUGCCCUCCAUGUGUCUUCUUUAUGAUUUUGUUGCUUCUACUUUUUUUUUUUUGAAACUAGUAAUGUUGUAUUCCUCAACAUUAAGGUAUGCUGGAGACCUCCAAAAGGUAGUAAAAAGCUAAAACAAAAACAAGAAACUAAUUACAGUAAUUCUAAAAGAUCUACUAAUUGUUCAGCAUUUUCUAUACAAUGUUCUUUACACCAGAAGUAGAAAGUUGCAAUGCAGCUCCCAUUGGUUGCUGAAUGUUGUUGAAUCUAAUCUUCAAAGUUUUUUCCAUUCCUCUCCCUCUAGAUAGUCCACCAGAUAAAGUGUGGGAUUACUCUCCACCACUUCUUCUGUGUCUUGCUUCCCCCUCUCCUAAUCCAACAACUUAACAAGUCUGCUGUGUGCUCUGGCAUUGACCAUUUUAUCUCUGUUAAACUGAGGAACAUAGUCCAAAGCUGAGAUGUGACUUUACAAUGGAGGAACAAAUGAUUAUUUGUCUCUCUAGCAUCACUACAUAACAUGCAUCUGGACACAAUUGGCAAACCCUUUUUCUGCAGGAUCUCAUGACUGGAGCAAGCUUUCCUGAUUACUAACCAAGCAAAGCACUUGACUUUAGUAGGAGCCAUAUUUUCCCAUCCCUAGACAUUUUAUCAAAGUGUAUGCCCAACAUAUUUUCUUCCGCAUCCUCAUCAAAAGGAUCAUCACCCAAAUCACUAUCAUAACCCCUAGUUGUACUAAAUUCUGCUGCUCAGGCCUCUUGUUCAUUCUUCUUUGCAAUUAUACUUUUAUAUACAAAUUCCAAAGCUUGUGGACUUGAUUUUUUAUUCAAAAUAGGAGGUGAAACAUGCUCUUCUUCAUCAACCUAAUCAGCCGCCUAGGAGUACUCAUCUCCCUUUAUUUUUCUUUGGAGACCUCAUGAGAUGAGGUGUUCGAUGUGACGAUGGGUGACUUGAUCGGUGAAUUUGGUUUGAGCAACAUGGCAGCCUCACUUUCUUGAAUAAUUUUAGCUACUUCAGAAUUAAAGAUAUAUAAUGUAGGAUUCAUAACACUUCCAAUUUUAUUUUGGUUUGCAUGCUACAUGCUCCAAUUGGCGUGCUAUAUAUUAUCAUCAAAAUCGGCUCCUUCGUGGGAUUUGAAUCAACUAACUCUAAUUAUUUCUCCACCUCAAGUGCUUCAAACGGAUUUAUACAAACAAUGUCCUUCGGUUCAUUAGAUUGCACCACUAGAUUAGUAGUUAGCUGCUGCUUAUUUUCAAGACGUGGAGAUUUACUUCGACUUGCCGAGGAACCAAUACACAUAGAAAUUGAUUUUUUGAGCAAUUGUGUUCCAAUUCCCAGUUGCAUUCUCAUCACGACCAGAAAUUUCAACUUGCAAAUCGAUAGGUUCCAAAUGUUAAAAAUCUCAACAUUUUGAUCCUUCAAAUUUAUUCUGUCCAUUAAUUGCCAAAUUCUCAAGUUGCACAUCAGAUUUUGGCGUCUGUAUAGCAUCAUGAAGUUUCUCAGGUGUAUGCUUAUUACCUUGCCUCAUACUUGAAUUUUCAGCAACAACUUCAUUUUCUUUUAUCUCUUAAUUUUUUGCGCAAAUUGUGCAUCGCUGGAUUGAUUUGUAUCCACAACGAGUUCCUCUUCAACCUCAACAAGAUCAGCUAAAUUACAGUUUUGUUUGUUGGGAGAAGUAUUUUUUUGCCGUGAAAACUCAUCAGUUUGAGAAAGAGGAACUAAGGAUAACAUUUGAUUCCCAAAGAGAAGUUUUCUGACAGUCUGACACUGCUUUGCCUAAACGCUGGCCAGAAUUUGGCGCACCAAAUUUUGAUCUUGAACACCACUCUUUUCCUCCCCUAUCUCAAAUCUUUAAGUGUUCCUUCAUCAUCCUUUUCACAAACUUCCAGCCUAUUUGAAUCAGAUUUUUUAGCAUUGAGAUGAACACGAAAAUCACCUUGAAAUUUUUCUCCUUCAAUAUGAUUUUCACUGACCGCGGCAUCAACUUGACCAUCAGUGAGAGUUCGACAAUCAACUUCUCUAUGUCCCUUAUGUUUACAUCUCUUACAAUAAUAUGGUAAAUAAUCAUACCCGAUUCUGAACAGUAUAACAGUACCGACAAAUUUAAUCGACCUACUAGUUUUUGAAAAGAUUGCAACAUAAUCUUCCUUCAAAGUGAACCGCAACAGCACAUGUCGACUUUCUAAUAACCCAAUGUUACAUUCACCCUUAAAUCCUAAUUGUGGAGGCAAUAUUUUUCGUGAAUCUGGAACUUCAGGCCUUCGAUAUGAGAAUUUGUCUAUGAGAGCAUAUUUUAGAUUCUCCUCCGUGAUAAACGCUUCAAGGUGUUUGGAGUCAAAAAUCACAAUGGGUUCUCCAUGUAAAAGACUGACUGGUUUGAGAGAUUCUCACUAUAUAGUUGAUUCUCGCUGAUUGACGAAGCAUAUGUACGACCUGUAUUAGGGUUGGCGUUUUUCUCUCCCAGAACCAUAGGCUGGGGAGAGGGCGAGGCAGUCAUGGUUGCUAUUCACGCCAUAUUUCGAUUUUGAGAGAGAGAAAAAACAAAAGAAAUUUUGGGUUUAGGGUUCCCCAAUUUUAUUGUUUUUAUAUACGUUUUUUGGAAAAUAUUGUAUACGGUUUUCUUUUUUGAUGGAACCCUGAAAAGAUUUUAAAAGUUCAUUUAUUUUAGAACCAAGUGUGCGAUUUUGGUAACUCAAGUUUAUCUAGGUCUUAGUUAGGAAUAACAUGGUGAAAGUUUUUCUUGUGGAAUUCCUAUCAAGUUAGGGUCUUCAGGAACCAAGUCAGAAUCGUUAGGAAUCAAUCAAUUAAGUUGAAAGUUAUACCAGCUGACAUGUCUCCUGCCACAAAAAUGAUGUCUGAAAAGUGCACCUUUCCAGGGCAAAGGAUCUUAAGACCUUGCAAAACAAUUCCUGAAUCAAUCCCUAUAUAGAACUUAGAGUAGAAUUCCUUUUCACCAAGCAAUAAGCAUGAAUACAAAGUAAGCUCACAUAAAUCAUGUGUUAUACCUGUGAGUUAUUUUGAUGUGAAUCAUGAGCUUAGAUAAUUUGUUGGCAAGUUAAUAUCUAUAGCGGAUGAGGUAAUUAAUUAAGGUUUUUAUUUCAGCUCGAUGUAGGCAGUCUCUGCUGCACAUUAUUGUACUCUUGUGGAACUCUCUCUUAGGCUUUUUUUGUGACAUGUACUUUUACUUUAAGAUUAUCUCAGCACUUGUUAUGGAGUUUGGACUUGUUUAGUUACUUAAAUGGUUCAUUUGUUCUUCAUAAUACAUUAUACUGGAAGUCCUAUACACCCAACUAAAUAUCUAAUUCAGAGUGGUAAAGAAUAUUUAGAAGACCAAGAUCAUAUCGAACCAAUAAAAAACCCACUACCUUUUCCAAUUAGGCAUCUAUAACUAUGGUAAUCCGGGAUAUUUCUAGCUAGUGAACAUUGAUUCAUUCCUUUAUUAUUGGAUUCUAUUCUUGUGCUCCUUUAUCUUCUCACCUCUUUGUAUUACUUGAAUUUAAGCCUCCAAUAUGUAAUCCUGUAUCCUGUUCUUGAUUUUUUGUCAUAUUCUACAACCCUUUUUAUAAUGAGACCCAGAUAUAGCUCGAGGUACUUGUGCUAUUUUUAGUAUGUAUCACUCUUAACGGUCCCCACUUUGAAGCCUUAAACCCAAGUAUUCUGGUCCAUAUUUCAAGGAUAAAACCAUGUUUGUAGCCUGUCCAACAUCAGAUUUUAAUAUAUAUAAUAAGAGCAUUCGUUCUGUCAUUUGUUUGUUUAUUAUCAACAGUAAAGUCAAAUAUUAAUGUGAUUUGAUUUUCUGACCGACUAAAAAAUUUCUUGAUUUUCUUACUAGCUUUUGUUGAGUUUAGUUGGUGAUGUUAUUUAGUUUGGAACAGGGCAACAGGUUUUUGGAAUUAUUGUAGGGUUGCAUUCUGUUAAAUUGUGAAGAUAUUGAAAUCACAAUGAACCAACUUAGCACAAUCGAUCUGGAACAUGGAUGGGGCAUCAUUGAAAGGGGCAUUACAAAGCUGAAGAACAUACUAGAAGGGCUGCCUGAGCCUCAGUUCAACUCAGAGGACUAUAUAACGCUGUAUACGACCAUUUACAACAUGUCUUCUAAGAAUCCCCUAAAUAAUUUGUCUCAACAGCUGUAUGACAAAUAUCGUGAAGCUUUUGAAGAAUAUAACAUAACAACGGUAUUGCCUUCUUUGAGAGAAAAACAUGACGAGUUCAUGUUGCGAGAGCUGGUAAAAAGGUGGUUAAAUAAUAAGGUCAUGAUCAGAUGGUUGUCGAGAUUCUUCCAUUAUCUUGAACGCUAUUUUAUUCCCCGGAGAUCUGUGCCAGGACUUAACGAAGUUGGAGUAACUUGCUUCCGUGAUCAGGUCUACCAAGAGUUGAAUGGAAAAGUCAGGGAUGCUGUUAUAUCUCUGAUUGAUCAAGAGCGUGAGGGAGAGAAAAUUGACAGAGCUCUCCUUAAGAAUGUGCUGAAUAUAUAUGUUAAAUUGGGAAUGGGGUUAAUGGAUUUCUAUGAGAACAGUUUUGAAGCUGCAAUGCUCAAGGACACAUCGGCUUAUUAUUCUCGCAAAGCUUCUAACUGGAUCAUCAAAGAUUCAUGUCCAGAUUAUAUGCUGAAAGCCGAGAAGUGCUUGAAACAGGAGAAAGAUAGGGUCUCUCAUUAUCUCCAUUCAAGCAGUGAGACAGAGUUGCUUCAGAAAGUGCAACAUGAGUUGUUGUCUGUGUAUGCCACUCAACUUCUUGAGAAGGAGCACUCUGGAUUCCAUGCGUUACUAAGAGAUGAUAAGGUUGAAGAUUUAUCAAGGAUGUAUAGGCUCUUUUCUAAGACCCCUCGAGGCUUAGACCCUGUGGCUAAUAUUUUUAAGCAGCAUGUUACUGCUGAAUGGACAGCUUUGGUGAAACAGGCUGAAGAUGCUGCUAGGAAUAAAAAGGCAGAUAAGAGAGGUGUGGUUGGUUUGCUGGAACAGGUUUCUGUUCGGAAAGUAAUUGAGCUUCAUGAUAAAUAUUUGGCAUAUGUGAAUAGUUGUUUCCAAAAGCACAUACUUUUUCACAAGGCUUUUGAAGAAACUUUUGAGAUUUUCUGCAACAAGGGUGUUGCUGGUCGCUCAAGCACUGAACUUCUUGCCACAUUCUGUGACCACAUUCUCAAAAGAGGCGGGAGUGAGAAAUUGAGAGAUGAUGCCAUAGAAGAGACAUUGGAGAAGGUGGUAAAGCUGCUAGCUUAUAUUAGUGAUAAGGACUUGUUUGCAGAAUUCUAUAGGAAAAAGCUAGCCCGGCGGUUGUUAUUUAAUAAGAGUGCCAAUGUUGAACAUGAGAGAAGUAUCAUAACAAAGUUGAAGCAGCACUGUGGGGGGCAGUUCACAUCAAAGAUGGAGGGAAUGGUCACGGAUUUGAUAUUGGCAAGGGAAAAUCAAGCAAGCUUUGAGGAGUAUGUGAGCAACAAUCCAAUAGCAAAUCCAGGAAUUGACUUGACGGUGACUGUCUUGAAGACUGGCUUCUGGCCUAGCUACAAGUCUUUUGAUUUCAACCUCCCGACAGAAAUGAUUAGGUGUGUUGAAGUAUUCGAGGAGUUUUAUCAAACAGAAACGAAGCACAGGAAGCUUACGUGGAUAUAUUCUUUGGGAACUUGCAUUAUAAAUGGAAAAUUUGAGCCGAAGUCUAUUGAGCUCGUUGCCACUACUUAUCAGGCUUCUGCUCUGCUGCUCUUUAAUGCAUCAGAUAGAUUGAGUUAUCAGGAAAUCAUGACACAAUUAAACCUGUCAGAUGAUGAUGUUGUUGGGCUUCUUCAUUCUCUUUCAUGUGCUAAGUACAAGAUUCUCAACAGGCAGCCAAGCACCAAAACAAUUUCUCCGACGGAUGUCUUUGAGUUCAACUCAAAGUUCACUGACAAAAUGAGGAGGAUCAAGUUACCUCUCCCUCCUGUUGAUGAGAAGAAAAAGGUAAUUGAAAACGUUCACAAGGAUAGGCGGUAUGCCAUAGAUGCUUUGAUUGUGCGUAUUAUGAAGAGUCGUAAAGUACUGGGCUACCAGCAACUGGUUAUCGAAUGUGUUGAGCAGUUGGGACGGAUGUUCAAGCCUGAUGUCAAAUCUAUCAAGAAGAGAAUUGAAGAUUUGAUAACUAGAGACUACCUUGAGAGGGACAAAGAUGAACCAAACUUGUUCAAGUACUUGGCAUGAUUUCUGCAAAUCAUGGUGAAUGUGUGAUGUUUAAAGGAUUCUGCAAUCUACAUAGGAGGAGAAACAUGCCGCCCAAGAUGAUGACGGAUUUCUGCAACUCCAACCUUCCUGGAUCUUUUAUUGCCUUGCAUCAGGAGCUUGAAUCAUUUUGUACAAAUGGUUAAGAACUAAAGAUCUCAGUAAAAGUAAAAUUGCCUUAACUUCUUCCAGUCUUAUAUGGCCCUUUCGCGUUCUCUAUUCCGUGUUUUGUCGCCUACCUGUUCGGGUUGUGAGUAAAUAUAAUAUUCUAGUCAACAGCUUACCUCUCUGGAUUCAGCACAAUGGCUUCUGCUCUGCUGCUUUUUAAUGCAUCAGAUACAUUGACUUAUCAGAAAUCAUGGCGCAAUUAAACCUAUCAGAUGAUGAUGUUGUUUGGCUUCUUCAUUCCCUUUUAUGUGCCAAGUACAAGAUUCUCAACAAAGAACCAACCACCAAAACCGACUGAUGUAUUUAGUUCAACUCAAAGUUCACUGGCAAAAUGAAUUGUUGUAAAUGUAUGCAGAUACGUAAUGAUGAGUAAGGUUAGCCUUUCUACUAUGAAUUGUUGCACUACAUAACUAACCCCGUAAGGAUAUUGCUGUAAAUGUAUGCAAAUACAUCUCCCUCCGGUUGAUGAGAAGAAAAAGUUAAUUGAAGGCAGUAUGCUAUAGAUGCUUCAAGUAGUGGGGGUGGGGGAUUGAGUGAGUGAGAGGAGACAAUAAACUUGGAAAAAGGAACCAUUAAUGACAAGAAGAGAAUUUAGUGAGAUGUGAAUCUCUCUUUCUCCUUUUAUGUGUUUUUCCUUAUUUCUCGAAAAACCCCUUAUACUUCUAACUAUUUCCAUUUUUGUCGCGGUUAAGCCCUGAAGCGAGACUCAAAAUGUGUUGAGCGCUUCAGCUCACUUUAUGUCCACUUCUAUAUUGUCACUAAGGUUCUAAGGCAACCUUUUUCUUGCCAAUGAGCCUCUUCGGAAGAAGUGAAACUAUACAAUUGAUAUUUCACUUUUAUCAUAAUGUUUUUUUCAAUUUCUAUGGUCAUAUAUUUGUUAUGCAUGUUUAUAAUUAUUAGUCUUAAACUAAACAUAUAUAUUUGUAUAUUUUGUCCCUUUGAACUUUUUUUAAUUAAAGCUCACACUUUAUUUGUGUUUUGCACUUUAAGCCCAUUGGACCUUAGAGUUUUUUUGCUCUUUUCGCCUUUGAUAACACAGAUUCAUUAGCAAAAUCAUUUUCCUCGAGAGAAUAUUUUUUUAAGCAUUUUGACCAUUCAAAUAUUAAAAAUCUGGAAAACACCGACAACACUCUCAAAAAAGAAAAAGAAAAGAGUACUCAAGCACUUGGGGUAAAAAUGCAUGAAACCCCAAAAUAGUUGGAAUACAUUUGCAACAACUCUGAAUGAAAAACAAAGAAAUUACCCCGGCAAAAAUGGAAAUACCUAGAAGUAAGUAUAAGAGGAUUUUCGAGGAAAAGGAAAUUACAUAAAAGGGGAAAGAGAGAUUCACAUCUCACCCGAUUCUCUUUUUGUCAUCAAUGGUUCCUACCUUCCUGGCAGCUCCAUCUUAUGACCUCAUCAGGUCUAGAAUCUCCGAUCACCCUUUCAGCAAAUUCCUUCCCUCUCUGGUGACAUCACAGGUAUAUUUUCCGGUUAAGUUGCGAGUUUCGAUUUGAUGUACACUAUUCCUUCAUAUGUAUAUACCUAUGAUGCAUAGUUGAUGUGGUGGUUUCUGAUUAAUUGUUUCUUGCUUUGGUUCAGACUGAUCCUGUUAUUAAUUUUGUUUCCAGUAGCUAUUGAAAUUGUGCUAUUUUGUUGUGGUUGAUUUUGCGAUCUUCAGAGGUGGAUUGAUGGACUAGUUUUAUGUUGUUUUUUAUUUCUCUAUAGUUGACUCUGAGCAUAAGUGUUAUUUCCUUUUGAAGUUAGGAAUAGUGGAGGUUUAGUAUUCAUUACUGGUAGGUUUUGAGUUUAAUUUUUUGUUCAUUAUUGUUGCAACUAACGGCAUUCAUGUAAAAUAGUGUAAUGUUGAAGUAUUUGAGCAACUUAGCUUUUCAGUGUUUGUGAUUUUUAUUUUCUUUCGCUAUUCUCAGUUUUAUUUACUUACUAAUUUAUAUAAGUAUAUUGGAAAAUGUUGUAUACGGUUUUCUUUUUUAAUGGAACCCUGAAAAGAUUUUAAAAGUUCAUAUCUUUUAGGGCCAAGUGUGCAAUUUUGGUAUUUCUAGUUUAUGUAGGUCCUAGGUAUCAGGUCAGGGUCUUCGGGAACCAAGUCAUAAUCGUUAGGAAUCAAUCAAUUGUAUGGAAUGUGCUUAGAGAUGUGUUAUAUGAUACCAGCCGACAUGUUUCAUGCCACCAAAAUGUUGUUAUCAUGUGAGUACUAGUCCAAUAAAUACAAUUUCCUGAAAAGUGCCCCUUUUCGGGGGUAAAGGACGUGAAGAGCUUGCAAUAAAUUGCUGGAUCAAUCCCUAAAUAGAAUUUGGAUGUAAUAAGCAUGAAUAAAAUGUAAGCUCACAUGAAUCAUGAACAUAGAUGAUUUGUUGGCAAGUAAAUAUCAAUAGUGGAUGAGGUAAUAACUUAGCGUUUUUAUUUCGGCUGAAUGUAGGUAGUCUCUGCUGCACAUUAUUGUACUCAUGUGAAGCUCUCUUGAAGGCGUCUUUUUUUUGUGACAUGUACUUCUCCUUUACGCUUCUCUCAGCACUUCUAAAUUUUGAAGUUUGGACUUGUUUAGUUACAUAAAUGGCUCAUUUCUGCUUGAUAAUUUAUUAUACUUCAAGUCUUAUACAUCCAACUAAAUAUAUAAUUCAGAGUGGUAAAGAAUCUUUAGAAACAAAGAUGACACUGAACCAAUAAAAAAACUCACUACCUUUUCCAGUUAGGCAUCUAUAACUGUGGUAAUUUAGAAUAUUUCUAUUUAGUGAGCUUUGAUUCUUUCCUUUAUUAUUGGAUUUUAUUCUUGUGCUCCUUUAGCUUCUCUCCUCUUUGUAUUACUUGAAUUUAAGCCGCCAAUAUGUAAUCCUGUUUCCUGUUCUUGACUUCUAGUCAUAUUCUUCUACGCUUUCUAUUGUAAGACCCAGAAAUGGCUCAAGGUACUUCUGCGACUCUUGUAUGCGUCGCUCCUUAACAGGCCCACACUUUGAAGCCUUGGAAUCCAAGUAAUCUGGUCAUAUUUCAAGGAUAAAGCCAAGCUUGUAGAUUGUCCAACAUCAGAUUUUGGUAUUUAAUAAGAGCGUUCUUUCUGUCAUUUGUUUGUUUAUUCUCAAGACUAGAGUCUCAUAUUAAUGUGAUUUGUUUUUCUGAUUGGCUUAUAACUUGCUUGAUUUUCUUUUUAGCUUUUGUUGAGAUUAGUUGGUGAUGUUAUUUAGUUUGGGAACAGGGCCACAGGUGUUUGGAAUUUGUGUAAGGUUGCAGUCUGUUAUAUUGUGAAGAUAUUAAAAUCACAACGAUCCAACAUAGCACAAUUGAUCUGGAACAUGAAUGGUGCUUCGUGCAAAGUGUACUAGCAGGACAAUUUACAUCAUGUGUACUCAGAAGCCCCCACAUGAUUAUUCUCAACAGCUGUAUGACAAAUAUCGUGAAGCUUUUGAAGAAUAUAUCACAACAACGGGUAUUGCCCUUCUUUGAGAAAAAAAAAUGACGAGUUCAUGUUGCGAGAGCUGGUAAAAAUGUGGUCAAAUCAUAAGGUCAUGGUCAGAUAGUUGUCUCUUCCGGUAUCUUGACCUCUAUUUCAUCUCCCAGAGAGCUCUGUCGGGGCUUAAUGAAGUUGGACUAACUUGUUUCCAUGAUCAGGGUUUUGCCUCUUCUAGAAUGUUGUUUCCAGUUUGACAGCAUACAACUGCUGCAACGUCAUUUUACUAAAAGAUGUUAUCAUUUAGUCCCCCCAUCCCAAUUACGUAAAGGUCUGCCAAGAGUUGAAUGGAAACGUUAGGGAUGCUGUUAUAUCUCUUUCUUUGAGGUUUCACUACCAUUUCUUUUUAACAUUUAAUUGAGCAAUAAUAUUCUGAAAGCUGCCGCAAAAUUCAGAUUUUACGAUCUGACAAUGGCAUGGAGUACAUUUUUCAUCAGCUUGGUCUAUUUUGUGAGGAAGCAUGGAUUGAACAUCAGCUUACUGCUGAUACUCCAGAACAAAAUUGAGUUAGUAAAGAAAAGAAACAAAUUUAUCAUGGAUCUGGCAAGAUGUAUGUUGCACGAAAAGAAUUUGCCAAGGAUGUUCUGGACAGAGGCAGCAAAUACAGCUGUGUUUCUACAAAAUCAACUUCCCUCAAAAACUGUGAAAGAUAAAACUCCUUUUGAAGCAUGAUAGGGAUACAAGCCUCCACUGCAUUUUCUUAAAGUGCUUGGUUGUCUUUGUUUUACCUAUGCUCCUCAGGUCAAACGGGAUGAACUAGCCAAGAAGGCUGCCCCGGACAUUUUUAUCGGGUAUAGUAAUGUUUCAAAGGCGUACAAAUCUUUCAACUUGAAGGUGAGAAGAUAGUUAUCAGCAGUGAUCCACUUCAUGGCAAAUGCAGAAUGGGAUUGGGAUGAUUCAAGUAAUUCCGUCUACAAAACAAGCUCGUGGUUAAAUGAAAGGAACGAUGGUCCACCAAUCAGGGGAACUCAAUUGCUCUCUGAUAUAUAUAUGAGAGAUGCAAUGAUGUGAUUCUUGAACCUGCUAACCCUAAAGAUGCUCUCAAAGACCCCAAGUGGAAAAACACAAUGGAGAAGGAGCUGUUUAUGAUCGAAAAAAUUGGUAAGUGACAGCUUGUUGACAAACCUCAAGGCAGAAAAGUACUUGGGGUAAAGCGGGUGUUCCGAACCAAGCUAAAUGUUUAUGGUUCAAUCAACAAGCAUAAAGCAAGGCUUGUAGUUAAGGGUUAUGCGCAGACAUGAUCAGAUUGCUUAUAACUAUUUUUGCACAACGUCGUUGGAAAGUGCGUCAGGUGGAUGUCAAAUCAACAUUUCUUAAUGGCAUUCUUGAAGAAGAAAUUUAUGUCGAGCAACCUCAAGGGUCUUUAUAGAUGGAAAGGAAGAUAAAUUCUACCGAAUACAUAAAGCUCUUUAUGGCUUAAAACAGGCACCAAGAGCUUGGUAUAGUCGAAUAGAUGAUUAUUUGCUCGGCCGCGAUUUUGAAAAGAGUCUUUCAGAAUUCACACGGUAUGUUAAAUAUAAUAGCAGUGAGAUACUUGUUGUUUCUCUAUAUGAGGAUGACCUUUUGAUUACACGGAGCAGUGAAAAGAUAAUUGAUGAGUUCAAGCAAUAUAUAAUGCAAGCUUUUGAAAUUUCUGAUCUUGGUCUUAUGACAUGUUUCCUUGGAAUGGAGAUUACACAAGGAAAGGUUGAGUUCUCCGUUUGCCAGAAAAAGUACGCAAAGGAAAUCCUCAAAACCGUUUCUCAAAACAUAAAGUGAUUGAGCUUCAUGAUAAAUAUUUGGCAUAUGUGAAUAACUGUUUCCAAAACUGCACAUUUUUCACAAGGUAUGUGUUGGAGCAAGGGAUAGUUGUCUAAUCUAAUUGUCCUACUCUGUGCAUUAGGGUAAAAGUAAAUUGCUAAUACUGGAGAAGGAGAAAACUGAUAUUAGAUCUCACUUGCAGGUGGUAAAGCUGUAAGCUUAUAUUAGUGAUAAGGACUUGUUAUCUCAUCUACUACUUGAAUAGUAACUUCUUCUCUGUUAUGUUAUAAGUGUAUGACUUCCUUUUUUUUCAGGGAAAAGCUAGCCCGGCGGUUGCUAUAUGAUAAGAGUGCCAAUGAUGAACAUGAGAGAAGUAUCCUAACAAAGUUGAAGCAGCAGUUUGGGGGGCAUCAAAGAUGGAGGGAAUGGUAAGCUAUCCAGAUCAGUGUUCUCUGAUGACAUUCUUCUUCUCUUCCUGUACGUAGGUCAUAGAUUUGACAUUGGCAACGGAAAAUCAAGCCAGCUUUGAGGAGUAUUUGAGCAAUAAUCCAAUAGCAAAUCCAAGAAUUGGCUAGACGGUUACUGUCUUGACUUCUUGCCCAGCUGCAAGUCUUUUGAUCUCAACCUCCCAGCAGAAAUGGUAUAUCAUAUCAAUAUGUGAAUUGGCAUUAUGCAGUAAAUUCUAUCUUGGUUUUGAUCCUUGUUCCUCCUGCUGAAGUUCUCUUUGGGCAAAGAAUGAUGCAUGUUUCUUUACUUCAAUCAUUUUUCUUCUCAAACAUCGUGUCAUGGAUUCAUUUUAUGCUGCGGAUUGUCAGGUUAGAUGUGUUGAAGUAUUCAAGAUGUUUUAUCAAACAAAAACGAAGCCCAGGAAACUUACAUGGAUGUACUCUUUGGGAACUUGCACAUAAAUGGAUAAUUUGAGCCAAAGACUAUUGAGCUCGUUGUCACUACCUAUCAAGUUGAUUGUUGGCUUACUUUUUGAAAUCAGAUAGGCUUAGUUAAUUUGAAACAUUUCUAUUACGUUAUCAAUAAGAAAACGAGAUUAAGGCUUCUUCCUUUUUGUAGGCUUCUGCUAUGCUUCUCUUUAAUGCAUCAGAUAGACUGAGUUAUUAGGAAAUCAUGACACAAUUAAACCUAUCAGUUGAUGAUGUUGUUUGACUUCUUCAUUGCCUUUCAUGUGCGAAGUACAAGAUUCUCAACAAGAAACCAAUCACCAAAACAAUUUCUCUGACUGACGUCUUUGAGUUCAACUCAAAGUUCACUGACAAAAUAAGGAUGAUCAAGAUACCUCUCCCUCCUGUUGAUGAGAAGAAAAAGGUAAUUGAAGAUGUUGACAAGGAAAGGUGAUAUGCUAUAGAUACUUCAAUUGUGUAUAUUAUGAAGAGUCAUAACGGAUGUUCAAGGUAUCCUCAGGGGGAUAAACUUCUACUUCUCAAUUUUAUUGUUAGUUAUUCAAGUUCAACUGAGCUAAGUACUUUGUUUUGGAUACUCCAUAGCCUGAUGUCAAAGCUAUCUAGAAGAGAAUCGAGAAUUUGAUAACUAAGGAUUACCUAGAAAGGGACAAAGAUAAUCCAAACUUGUUCAAGUACUUGGUAUGAUUUAUGCAGAUCAUAUAAGUGAUGUUGGUAUGAACUUCUGCAAUCGACGUAGGAGGAGAAACAUGUCGCCUAAGAUGAAGACAAAUUUCUUUAACUCCUAGCUCUCUGGACCUUUGAUUCUCUUGCACCAGGAACUUGAAACAUUUUGUACAAAUGGUUAAGAUCUCAGGAAAUAAUACAAUUGCCUCUCAAACAUAUCAUUAAUUCUUAAAUGACAAUUUGUUGGUUAGAGCGGUAA